CACAAACCAUCUUUAGUUCAGUACACUCAAAAUUACUGAGACAAGAAGGUUGUCACAAUGAGUGAAGCAGAGGCCACCUUGAAGACUCAGUUACUACAGCUAAAAUGCCACUUCACAUGGGAGCUACAGGAAAAGGAUACUGAUAUUGAAGCCUUAGAAAUAAAACUUGAGCUGGAAGGUGAAGCAAAUUGCCUUAAACAUUGGCAUUAUAAUCUUCUGGCCUAUGUGAAAUGCUUGAAAAGAGAUAACACUGACGCUAUUGCCAAUUUGCAGAAGGCUGAGAAAGAAAAUAGUGAAGAAAAUUCAUCAGAGACAAGGAAGAAGAGGAAUAUUGUAGUGAUCUAUGCAAACUACGCAUGGAUUAACUUCCACCAAAAAGAAUAUGAACAAACCCAGAUCUAUAUUGUAAAGAUAAAUUCUAUUUACCAAGAAUCAAAAGGGGCAGAUUUAGAGAAUUUAGGGGAGAAAGGAUGGGCCCUAUUAAAGUUUUCGACUCAGUACAGUGAGAAAGCAAAGGAAUGCUUUGAGAAAGUGCUUGAAGGAUGUUCAGAUGAUCGUGAUUGGAUUUCUGCAUAUGUAACAGCAAUGUUUCAGAUGGGAGGCUUUGAUUUUAAAAAGUAUAUUGAGCAAGCUCAAGAACAAGCACCAAAAAAUCCCUCUUUACUGUUCUAUGCUGCUGUGUAUUACACUAGGAGAGGGAAGAGUAAAGAAGCCCAUACUGUUCUGGAAAAGGCUGUAAGUGUGAAUCCGAAUUCAAGCACUCUCCACCAUGGGUUAGGGUUGUGUUAUACAGGAAUGAUAAAUGAAAUUAAGAAAACAGCAGAAGAACACAAUGAGCACAGUGCUGCCUGUACAGAGAAAAUAAAAGAACUCUCUGAAAAGGGCAAAUCUCACUUUGAAAUGGCACUCAAACUUGACCAAAGCAGAACAGAUUCACUAACCGAUCUAGCUGAUCUGUAUAUCAAAUCAAAUCAGUACCCAAAAGCAGAGGAAACAUAUAAAAAAGCCCUGACAAUCUCAGCUCUUCCAGGAAACGCAAAGCAGCAAAUUCAUCUGCAUUACGGGAACUUUCUGAAACACUGCAAGAAAUCUGAAGAAGAAGCUGCGGCGCAGUACAAAGCAGGCCUGCUGGUACCUGACCAAACAGAAUACAGAGCAAGUUGUGAGAUCUCUUUAAAACAAAUGGUGCAAAACAUAAAGGGAGAUUCCAGUGUUGCUGCAGGUGUGGCAGUUGGCAAUGUGCUUAAUGUCCUAACAGAUGCGUCUCAGAGCAUUCACUCUAAAAUAAAGCUAUCGUUCUAAAGGAAAUAUUUGCCUAGUGAUUAAAUGCUAUAGUUGUGGCUGUAUGCAAAUAGCACCCAGUGAGAAAUAGUGCAGUAGAUGCCAUUUCUGAGAUACAUGGGGUCGUUUAAAUGUCAGCCUACAAUAUUGGUGCUUUUAGUAAAUAAAGCCUAGACAAGGAGUGCAUUUUGGGGCUUGAACUAUCUGCUGCUUGGUAUAAUGAGAUACAAAGAUAUAAAGAUACUACCUAAAAGUCAUGAAGUGCUGUAUAGACAAAACAUAAUAAACAUUAUAUUCUUGUUUGGA